AUGAUUCCCUCGGACGAGAAAGGCGAAGGUGGGGAGGGCAAUGCCGAGAAAGCGGCCGCCAAGCAGGCUGACGACGGCAUUCAGGUCACUGUCACGGCGGCGCAGCAGGGCACAUCCUCGCAGGCCCUGAAGCCACCGCCAGCAGCCCGAAACAGCUCGAAAGCAGCAACGCACCACUCUGCUCUCCUGGCACCGGUGCCGGCCCCAAAGCGCUUGCCUCGAAGUCGCAGCAAACAGAACCUCCUGGCCAGCCUACAGGCCUUGACCCAGGAGCUGCAAGCGAGGAAACACCGUAGCUCCGAUCUCGUGGCCGCCAACACGGAGAUGCGCGGACGGGCUGCCACGGAGGAGUGCGAGGGUGACAAGAGUGCUUCAUGCCGGGAUCCAGGCGGGACGUUCACUGAGCUGGCUCGGUGUGUCCUGAACAGAGAUGUCGCCAAGGUGUCAGAGCUGGUUCUCAGCGGCGUCUCUGUGAACAUGGCACUCCGGGAGGAGCAUGGCGGAUUCGUGCGCUUCUCCACACUCCUACACGCGGCCGCUCGGAAACAUUUCUUUCAAAGCAAGCCUACAGCUGCUCUGUCCUGGACUGUCCUGCGCUGA